UAAAAAAUGACCAGUCGUUUCUGGAAAGUGCCAUUCUUUUAUUCUCAUGUUACAUAAUGUUUAUUCUCUCAAAUCUGAGAAGAAAACAUCCUGCAAUUUAAUGCGAACGACUGAUAUAUAUGGUGGGAAACCCACUUUGCUUACAGAGCAAAAGAGACUUUGUGUGAGAACAUUCCUCCAACGACAAGUGGUUCAGUUGAAAGGAGUCUAAUGAAGACCACGACUGGAUGUUUUGGGAAGCUAAGAGCUAUGUCUGUGCACAUAGGAGUUUUCUGGCUGAUACUGGUCAGUGUUGAAGGAUGGACGUAUCACGUAUAUAACACGUCAAUGAGCUGGACUGCGUCACGGGAGUUGUGUCGAACAAAUUACACUGACAUUGUAGUGAUUGAUAAUGAAAAUGUAACACAUUUUCUUCAAGAAUUUGUGGAAGGUAGAAACUCAAGUCCUUACUACUGGAUUGGACUCAAAAAGAUCAAUGGCAAUUGGAUGUGGGUUGCCAAUGGACAGAUCAUGAACUAUCAAAACUGGGCAGGCAAUGAGCCCAACAAUGCUUUGUCUUCUGAAAACUGUGUGGAAAUGUACAGCAGCAAAGGCAACAAUGGCAAGUGGAACGAUGACGACUGCGAGGGAAACAAGUAUCCUGUGUGUCACAAAGCACAAUGUCAAAACACUUCAUGCAGUAAUAAAGGGAUCUGCAAAGAACAAGUCAAUAACUUCACCUGUGUAUGUAAGCCAGGUUUCUCUGGGCCACGGUGUGAAACAGUGGAGUGUUUUCCCCUUCUUUUGUUUGGUGGUGGAAUGAUGAACUGCACUGAAGGACAUGACAGCUUCAGAUCUGCCUGCAGAGUACAAUGUCCACCUGGACGUUUGCUUCUGGGCUUUACUGAGUUCACCUGCAGAGCUGAUGGCAUGUGGGAGUCUUCCUUUCCAUUGAUGUGUGCAAGUCUUGUCCAUUUUCAAAUCGCUCUUUUGGCAUCUGUUGUCAUCUCAGUGUUUUGUUGCUGUUUUUGUUGCUCCAACGGCAGAAAGAAUAAAAUGCCAGUGAGAUUGAGAACUCACCAGGAAAUACUGAAUCCAGCAUUUGGAGCUGAACACACACCACUUGAUGGACCUCUAUGUUCAACUUCUGCAUAAUGAAGUCUGACAAUAACUGGAUUGAUGUUAGAUUUUUUUUUUUUUUUUUUUUUGUCAAAUUGUCUUCAGAUCAUCCUUAUUUUUAAUGCUUUGUAUGUGAAAAAACAAAAUAAAGUCAAUUAUCCCAUUGUUA